AGAGAGAUAGACAGAGGGGAGGGGUGAGCGAACAUAAGAGGUAAAAAAGCGAAUGAGGAGAGCAGCAGCACACCGAUCAGUCACUCUCCGCUGGUGCACCGACUCUGAGAAACACCACCCGGUCAUUAGAUCGCCCGUGAUUCUGCUAUGCGCAUCGGACGAGGAGACGCCACUUGCGCUUCGGUUUUGGACUGGUGUUAAAGCUUUAACUGUGCAUCACUGGACAGGAUGGAGCAUUGGAGACAGUGUGCGUUAUGGCUGAUCAAUUGUAAGGUUUUGCCACCGAACCAUCGGGUGACAUGGGAGUCCGCUCAGGUGUUCGACCUGGCGCAGACCCUGAGGGAUGGGGUCCUCCUGUGCCAGCUCCUCAACAACCUGAGACCCCAGUCCAUCAACCUGAGGGAGAUCAACCUGAGACCUCAGAUGUCACAGUUUCUCUGCUUGAAGAACAUCAGGACAUUUCUGCAUGCCUGCUCAGAGAUAUUCGGCAUGAAGAAGAGCGAGCUGUUCGAGGCUUUCGAUUUGUUUGACGUUCGAGAUUUCGGAAAGGUAAGAAAAGAUUUCACUAUCAACUCUCCUAUAUGAAAUGCUUUCUUUUUGAAUUCAUCCCGUAAUCCACCGACAUAGAGUAUUGACUCGUUCUGUUUGCAAGCAUCGUUUAACUGGCGUCAUUUGAAUUGUUCUUGUGCCACAUCAUCCGUCACAGUUCAUAGUGUGUCAGUCACAGAUGUGGUUGUGUGUUGAGUUUCCUGACAUUGGCCUGCGAGCUGGUAGUGUUGUUUGUGGUGUUGUGUCUCAGUUGAUUAUGUUCAGAAAUGCUGAGCUCUUUGUUGGCGGUCUGCUGGAAUAUAGUCUCAGUGUCUGCGUCUCAUCCUGCUGGUAAUUUAAUCCACUCUUCAGUAUGUUUAAUUAAAGAUCAAUGGAGGAGGCGCAGUGGCAGGAGAAGUGGCCGCCCUCUUAUUACAUCUUCAAAUUAGUUUAUUUGCUUAUAGGACUGACUGAUUGCAUGCCAUAUGUGUGUUUGGAAAGUGAAACUGUGUCUGUUUUUAACUUUGAAUUGUGUAUUAGUGAGCAUAUUGACCCAGGCAGAUGUUUCGCCUCAGGCCACAAAAUGCAACUCCUGCUGUGUCCGGACUCAGUGCAGACUGCUAAUGCAUGACACAAUCGACCAUUUGAGUGAACUGUCACUCAUUUUAGGUGUUACCCCCCCCCCCGCCCAUUUAUCCUAGUAUGCUUUAAAAAUAGAUGUGGCUUCAUUAUGAAACUAAACGUGCUUCUUAGAAGCCUUUUUGAAAAGCUGAAGUUAGCACUAAUGUGUAUUUUGGCAAAGAAAUGUUAUAUAUCUUUGUUGUGCAUUGAAGGGGCUCAUAUACCCUUGACCCUUCUCUUCUAUAAAGUGUAGAAUUUAGUCGAUUUGACACCACAGUUUUAGUCGAUUUUAACACAAUGUAUUAGAGUUCAUGUUAUAUGAUUUGUCCACAGAUGCUUGCUGUACAUGCACAUCUGUUGAUUAUCUUAUCUCAUACAGUAUCUGUGUAUGGAUUUUUAAGCACAGAAGGGGGAAAGUUUUCACACACACAUUUAGACACGGGGAUAGACUCAGUCCUCUGUAGAAAGCACAGAGAAGACAUCACU